ACUACACGGCGCGGAGACGGGACUGUGGAGAUAUCGACACUGAGCUGUCAAAAAUAAUUGUCACGGGUUUUUAAGAAACGGGAUUACUGGAUAUAGAGCAGAACAGCACUGAGAAGGAUUUCUUUCUACAUUAGAGGGCGCCCUCUGUCUGCAUCUUGCCUCUUGGGAUGUCUAGCACGGUGUUACUGUAGCGGAGAGGACCACCACCUUUGUAACUGCAAACAGUGACUCGGCAUGUUGAUCACCAUGCCUCGCUUAAGUGUCACUCCCAACUCAAAGCCUAACUGUAGCCCUGUCUGGCUCAUCUGUGUUGUCCUGAGCCUCUUGGCUAUACACACUGAUUCCAAAGACGUCCUCAGUGUACCCCAGCAGUUGAGCCUCUCAGCCAACAAGCAUACACAGCAACUGUCCAUAUCAUGGCUUGGAGGAGCGGCCACAACAUUUGACCUCAUGAUUCUAAGAACUGAAUUCAAUGAAACUGUCUUCUACGAAACAGUGUCUGUGGCAGUGAAUCAGGUGAGUGGUAGGCACCAGUGGAACUGGAGCUCAGUUGAACCUCUGGAGUGUACCUCGCUGUCCAUCAAAAUCCGCUCAAGAGAUGGACAGACAACAAGUGAAUGGAGCAACACUCAGAUACUUCAAGGAAAUGAUCUCCCCAGCAAUGAGAAAUCCCAGAUGUACCCUGAUGACAGAGUUGUACCUGUGGGGGCCAACACCACCUUCUGUUGCAUUGUACAAGAGGGGAGGGUCUUUGAUACCAUCCGCUACAGCGGCACAGUCAUGAACACGACACGACUGAGUAGACGAAGUUACGCCACUACAGUGGUUAAUCGUGGACCGUCCGGCAGCUCGGGAAACAACGUCAUCUGUUACGACAACCUGGGUCUGACUGGAACCGUGGUGUUUGUUGGAUAUCCACCACUGCUCAGUGAUUUUGUGUGUGAGACUCAUGACUUAACCUCAGCUGUAUGCAAAUGGAGUGAAGCACGAGACACACACCUCUAUGGCAGAAGAGGAACAGUCUACUCGCUGAACAAGAGGAAUUGUACACAGGACAGACCACAGCAGAAGUGGAAAGAGUGUAGUGUGUCCCAGUGGGAGGGUAACUGGACGCUGGUAGCUGUGAAUUUUCUCGGCCAGUACAGCCUCACUGACUCUGCUGAACUCAGUCACAGAGUGCAUCCAGUCGCACCGGCCAACCUGAGAUCUGUCGUCCAUGCCUUCAAUGCGACUGUGCUGUGGGAGUGGAAGUACGACAGCUAUUCCUUCCUGGCUCUCGUCUGCCAGGUAGCGCUCACCUGCCAUGGAUCCAAAACAAAUCAUACCUUCUCAGGUGUGGGUCUGCAGUCGGUGGUGUUAUCGGACCUUUAUCCUGAUGAAGAUUACACUGUUCAAAUCAGCUGCGGUGCCCAGCAGAAUUUCUGGAAGUGGGGAAACUGGAGUGAACCAUUUACCUUCAAAACCGAAACUUAUAUUCCAGAUGCUCCUGAUGUAUGGGUGUGGAUGAACAGGGACAACACUGGGCAGGUCGUUUGGAAGCCUCUGACACAUAGGCAGAGCCACGGUCAGAUCACAGGUUAUGAAGUCACUGUCUGGAGCGCUGACAACAACGUACAGCACACAGAAAUCUUUUCACCAGAUACUACUGCUGCACAAGUCAACCUCACACAGAUCGCUACCUUCAGCAGUGACCGCAAGGUUACAGCAACCGUCAAUGCAAAGAAUGCUGAUGGGUUAUCUCAACCUGCAAGUGUGGUUAUACCUCUACAUUUGACAGAUGUGAAACCUCUUGCCGUGUCCAGGGUGGAUUAUACGGACAGAGGUUUCCCUCUCUUCUGGCAGAGCGAUGCCAAUGCCACCUGUGGUUAUGUGGUGGAAUGGAAUGAUGCCGUCUGCACACGGGACUGUCCUGUGGAGUGGAUCAAGGUGGCCUCUGGAAACACUAAUGUCUCAGUUGAGUCAGCCAACUUCCAAUCGGGUGUGAGGUACAACUUUUCCCUGUACAGCUGCUCCUCAGAUGCCCCAGUACUGCUGCAGCGCUGGCAGGGAUACAUGCAGGAGCUGGUCCCCUCCACUUCUGUCCGCCUGUCAAUCAGUCAGCAGAACUCUGAUAUUCUUCUCACCUGGGAAGAGAUUGCAGUGGUCAACAGAAGAGGCUUCCUCCUUGGCUACAAAAUUUACAACAGCACUGGCUCCGAGCUCAAACUUCUAGCCAAUCUGCCAGAGCAAGGAAGCAGGAGCUACAUAGUAAAGGGAGUCACUGACGGCUCCCAUAAAUUUACUGUCAAGGCCUACACCUCAGCAGGCGAGGACACAAUCGCCACCGGCUCCAUAACGCCGGAGCCAUACAAUGAUUGGCUGAUCAUGGAAGUCUUGAUUUCUCUGGGAGUCACAGCCUUAUUCCUGGUCAUUGUCACCUUCGUUUGCUACAAGAAAAGGAAAUGGGUGAAAAAGGCAUUCUAUCCAGAUAUACCUGAGCCCAAGCUGCCUGGUGAUUGGUCAAGGACACAGGGGCCGUUGGAUGUGAAGCCAUCUUCCCACAGUAUCAUCCAUAUCGUAGAAAAGCCUGAGUGGGAUUCUAGUAAAGAAGCGCUUGUCGUCAUUCCCGAAGAAGAUGAGGAUGAAGAGGGGAUGGGAGACGAGCCAGUUGACACAGAUGAGCCGACGUCAUUACGCUACUACAACCAAGUAGUGGAUGAGAGGCCCAUAAGACCACGUUUCCCCGACUCCUCUACUUCUUCUGCAUCCUCUUUGGAUUCAGGACGCACCGAUGUGACAUACACAGGGAUUCAGACAUCAGGGUCUUCGUUGGUCUUCCAGCUGGAUCCACAAGGCUCCUCUGAGGGCCACCAACCCCAUGCUGAUCAGUCUGUCAUCUGUGGGGGUGGAGGAGGGGGCUACCGCCCCCAGAUGCAACCUAGAGCCCAAAGUGAUGACAUGGGCCUAGUUUCACCUGAGCCUUUCCUAGAGCCCCAGGCUGCCAGUGCUGGGGGCUACAAACCCCAGAGCUCCUGGCAUUUGGACUCCCCUGUGGAGGCCGGGGAAAGUGGCGGCCUGGCACCCUCUCUUGGGUCCCCCACGUCUGUCGCCUCCACUCAGUUCCUCCUCCCUGAAGGAGAGGAACACGCAGAGGAGAAACGACAGCUGUCAUCAUCAGCAGCAACCUGGUUCACCAAUCUGCUGUCAUCCACAAAACCUUGAUAUCAUCUCUGUCUCACUACUAGCAGCCUGGCCAGGGGCGUUUGACAUAAAACUUUCGGAGUUAUUACUGUUACCAGUCUCAUGCAUCAAACCAGCUUAGCCCAUAUGGUCUAGGUAAAUGUCCCCUCUGAUGUACCACUGCAUCCAUACAUUAGCACUUUGACAGCAGGUUAAUAAUGCUAUUUAAGGUGUGAAUGUCAAACAUACAGAAAUAUGGUACAUAUACUGUAUAGUUAAUUUCACUUUCAUGCAAAUAUUAUAGAUCAAAAUCCAUAUAUUUAUGUGUCAAAACUGUCCAAAAACAGAUCUCUUCAAAAAUAUUUCUUCAGACCUCUUGUCCGCCAUAUUUAUUGCAUCUCCUGGCAAACUGGUGGCUGUUACAAUAAAUCCUCUCACUGCCUUUUCUGUGACUCCCUAUAAUGGGCAUUUAGCAACGGCAUAUCCUGUGUUUCAGUUGAGUAUAUCCGGUUUUUAGCUUGCAUUUCAAAUGUUUUUAUUUUUUGGGAUGUGAACUUUACUACACUACAGAAGUAAACUGAAAGCAAGAGAGUUUUGAAACAAAUAACGGUGUAAAAAUAAAAGGACAAAGAGCACCACAGAACAGAUGGUAGCUACGUAGACAGAAAACCUCGCUGUCCUUAUAGUAUCCAUGUCUUCUGCCAGUCAGCCAUUUGGGGUAAUCUUGCCUAAUUCAUGACAGCUGAUGAGCUGCUGAAAGGAAAGAAGGUAUGGCUGUAAAAAGUUGUUAAUUGAAAGAUGCUCUUAUGAACAAGAACCGUCAUUAUUUUACACAGAUACAGGAGUGGUGCUUUCUAUUAUGGUUUAGAAUUAUGUGGGUGACGUGCCCAGAGGAUAUACACUGAUAUAAGCUAGAACAUGAAUACAAACUGAUGUAAUUUAAUGAACAAACACACUAUUAUGUUUCUUUUGAGUGUUAUUGUUGUUUUGUCUUUCUAAACCGGUAGUUAUUUUCCUUUUUCAAUGUUUUUUUUUCUUAUUAAGUAAUGCAUUUCAUUGUCAGGCCAGUGUCCUUUUUUUAAUGUUGUUAUAUGUUGUGAAUUAUCCUCAAGUUGAUUAUUGAUGAUAUUGAACAUAUUAUGAGAAUGAACUUGGGUGGGUAAUUACCGUGUUUAAAUCAUCCUUCACACACUGCCUUUACUCGUAAAUGUCAUGCAUAAUGAAAAAUAAUUUCUACAGUAUUGCAGUUCAGGACUGAUCACUGUACUGGGAAUACAGGUUCCACUGGCACUGAGUGUGAUGUAGAAGAAGAUGGCUGUUUUUAAUCAUUUUAGUCAGUGCUGUAAUUUCUAAACUUUGGUUACACUAUUAUUGUCAUGAUGUUACUGUCAGCCCUCUCGGUAUAUUUAUGUGGAUGUGGCGAAUCCUUUCUGUUUGGUUGCUUUAUUUUUAAGCCCAGAUAGAGGGCUGAUUUGCUGUGCUUGAUACAUUUUAAGGAGAUUCAAGUCUACAAUAGUGUUUUGUUUUUUUUUUGUUGUUGUUUUUUUUUCAAAUGUGACUAUCUUUUCACUGCAAAUGCUUCCUGAAGCCACCAUAUAAAUUUUGUGAUUGGAAAAAGGGACCAAGGGGAAAGCAUAUAUGGGGAAAUGCUAUCAAUUGGCUUUUGUUGACAAAAAUUACAGAGAAAUGACCUUGUGAAUGAUGGUUUGCUUGACAGCACUUUUGGCAUCUCUAUAAUGGUGUCAAACACAGGGCACUAAUUGCCCAAGUACACUUCACAUACUCCAUUAGCUCUCCACUCAUGUGUACAGUGUGGUUGUUAAGGAUGCACCAUCGGCUGGGCUUCCCAAAAGCAUCAUUAUGCAAAUAUUAUCCUUUGACAUUCUAAUCAAGUGGCAACCAGGAUGUUUGUUUUAUGGUAUAUUUCAGUUAGGCCCUGGCUUGCCUGUGUGGCAGCUUGUGGUCUGUUGUUCCUCAGUGCCUCCAGCCAACAAGCUUUAAGUAAAACUACUGUGACAUGAAUGAUGACUUAUAUGAACUAUAAUGGAUGGCUUCACUGAUGAACUCAUAACAGGCAGGCAGGCCUCUUUGACUACUGAAAAAAAUGUAUCCCCUCUUUCUCUUUAACUUGUAACACUGAUCUGAAUUUUAACUUGAUUAAUGGGACGAGGUGGUUGAAAGAAUUUGUCAAAAGCUACACUUUGCACCAUUCAAAUUGGGUAAAGAAUUUCAUUGCGUGAGAUCAGUGAUCACUUAAAGGCAGCGGUAAAGGGUGGAUAUAGUUUUGAGUAUUUGAACAUGGCUGCAGAUUUUUUCCUUUGAAGCCUGCCUUCCCAAACCAGCAGAGCUUUGGAGACUAACCUAUGAACGCUAUGUGUUACAUGCUUUUAUGUUGAUUUGGAUCAACAAAAUGGCACUUUUUUUUUUAUUUUUCUCUAAAUUUUUGUUUUUAUAUAACUAACUGUACAUAAUUGACAUUUUCUUUCAUUUCAAUACAAAAUCGUUGGUUGUUUUGCAAUGGAAAUUAUAUUCCCUAUACUACAACAUGCAGAGUAAAUGUUGACUAACCAGCUUUAUUAAGAGAAUAAAGGCAAAUGUCUGUGUUGAUGACACCAGAUAUAUAGAGUCCUAUAAAAUGUAGAGCGUCACACUUUAACUGUAUCUUUGUGUGCUUAAACACAUGGGAACCUCUAAAGUGUGUCUGAAAAAUCAAUGGAAUAGAAUUGUGAUCCUAUUCGCUUUAUAAUAGUUUAGCCUGUUUUGCAUUCCUAUCUUAUCAGAGCAGUGUUGCUUUCGCCAGACACAUCAUGAUAAGUUGGGCCAGAGUACUCACCAUGCAGACUUAUUCAUGGCAACUGCUGACAUCCAGUUCUCCAUUCUGUCCAUUAUUUUUUUCCAUUGUCCAUCCACAUUUUUAAUUGGAGCCUAUGUAACACUGUAGAGCAUUACAGUUUUGAGGUCUAUACAGCAGGGUACACUUGCUGCCUUACACAUCUUUGUCUCUGGCCCUAGAUGUUUUGCAAAACCAAUGCAUGCUGUAUAAACUAUUACUACAAAACAGUGGCUCGUAAAUCCGUUCAACUCCAUCUUUGUGUUACCCUAUGGCAUUAUAACACUAACACUGACUAAUGUUGUGCAUGACGACAUGACUGAAGUAUUGAAAAAAAAAAAAGCUUUCAUUUCUGAAAAUGUUCAUGAUAUUUUGCAAGAUAUUUUACUAUUGAUUGAAUGAAAACCUGCUUCUGAGUGAUUAAUAAAUGUUAACACUAGUAACAAACUGAAAUGCUACUUGUUUAAAGGCAAUAAAGUUAUUUGUCUGGUCACUUA